AUGGCCCGGACCUACGAGGGGUCAAUUGUGAUCCAUCGGAGAAUUUUUCCAGCAGGCGAGACUCCUAGGGAGGGGAGCUGCCUGGGCUACAUCUGUAAGAUCAUUAGAAGAGUGUUUUGGCCACGCUCCGUCCAGGUCAUUCCAGCACCUGGAGAGGCAGCCAUCAGCCAGGAAGUACAGGAGAGAGCUGAGGAGCCAGGGGAACGCAGCUUCCGGCUCAUCCUUAACGAGCUCCAUGGGAUCCAGGCCGAAGGCAAUCUCCCGGUGGCCGACCUCGGGAGGAGCCUGUUUCUACACCUCGCCUCCUCCCGCACCCCAGCCCGGAAGACCCUCUUCCUGAAAGCCCUGGCCCCGCUCACCUGCCACCAUUCUCAGCCCGUGGUGCUGGUUUUACUAGAGCACUCGCUGCCCCUGGACAGACUGGCCCUGGAGAUUUGAAGAGCCUUGGGAGCCGAUGCCCACCAUGCCCCCCAUGUGCUUGGGGUGCUUACGUCCUGCAUACUGGAGCGACCGGCAUCGGGGGCCAGCGACUGUGCUACCUGGGAAAUGCACAGCCUGGAGUCCAUCACGGCCACCAACACCGUGUACGAACUAAUCUUCGCACGGGAGUACUCCCAGCUUGUGACCGAGUUCUUACCCCAGCUCUUCCUGGCCCUCCUCACCCAGGUGCACUAUGUGCUGGAGCUGGGCCUGCGGGCGGAGUGGGAGCAGGAGGCCAGAGAGCCCACCGUGCCCUCCACCCUCGGCCCCUGGAGGACCUCUCUGGAGGCCCUGAAGCGGCUGGUCUCCAGCCGGGCCUGCUGGAAGACAUUCAUUUCCUUGGAGCUGCAGGACGGCUGGGACCUGUUCUCGUGCCUGGAAACCUUCCAGGAGGGCGUGGUCCUGCUGUCCAGGACAAUGGUCCAGAACAGGUCCCCCAUCGUGGGUGGCCUCCUGAGGCUGCUGGAGACUCAUCUGCCGGGGAUGGGCUCGCAGGGACGGAGCGUUGCCAUGGGCCUCCUGGCCGAGCUCAUCUGGAUCCCCGAGUUGGAGUCGGUCCUGGAUCCUGCUGCUCUCCAGAGCAUAUUUCAGGGUGGCCUGGAGGACCCUGACCCCACGGUGCGGGUCACCAGUCUCCAGGCCCUCAACAGCCAACCCCUCAACCCGGAAAAGGGGUCACUGCUCCAGGCCCAGCUUCCGGCCCUCCUGGAGGGACUGUACCCUGAGGGAGAGGAGUCCCUCUUGGCGGCCUUGACCACGGCGAUCAGGGUGGCCCACAGCCUGGGGCAGCGGGGUCUGAAGGGUCUCCGGAAGGAGAUCGCUUCUAUGCUGGGCCCCUACAUCGAUGCCGAGCGAGCUCGAGUGCGCAUUGGGGCAUUGGAGCUGCUCGGAGCCGUGGCCCACGGCGGGGUCGGGGAAAAGCCAACUGGGCUCCGGCAGGAAUUGAUCCGGCAUAUCCUGCCCGUCCUCGUCCACAUGAUGGACGAGGAUGCUGCCGUACGGAAAAAAGCCAGAGUGACCUUCUUUUCCCUGAACCACAGCCUGGGUUGGAGGCAAAUCAAGUCUGUGAGCUGGAAACUGAUGGGGGAGCAGGGACUGCACGGGGCCUCCCCCACCAUCUGGGAGUACAUGAUGAAGACAUUAAAGGGCAGCCGCCAGACGUUUAUCUCCCAGGCUCUGGGCUACACCAACAGCCCCCAGACCGGGGUGCGAGCAACUGCUGUGCUCUUCCUUGUAUACACCACCUACUAUGGUAGGGGAGAGGCGUGGCUCUCGGAAGACGAGUUCAACUACCUCUCCCAGACGUUUCAACGUCUGAGAACAGACCCUUCUCCCUGGAUCCGUGACUUUGUCAGCAACAUGUGGACAAAGAGGAGCCAGGGCUGGAGGGAGACAACCUGAAGGAGAGGAGAAGAGAAAGAGGAAGAGGUGGUGGCGGGACCAGUCCCAGUGCCAGGCUGCUCCAUGGCCUCACAGAGCCCAGAGUGGCCUGGGGCUUCUGAAGGAUGCGCCCACAUGGGAGCAGGCACUGCUCCCUUAUGUUUCUCCAUAAGAGGGCCUGGUCCCAGAGAGGGGGGCUCAAGUUUCUGGGAGUCAGCUUCAUGACUACGUUAACCUCCGAGAGUCAUCUUCCGGAUCAUUGCAUCCCCAA